AUGCCAUCAAUUGAAGAAGAGAAUAUUAAUGGUAAUAUUCCAAAUAAUAUUCCAAAUAACACUACAAAUAAUAUUUCAAAUAAUAAUACUUCAAAUACAAAUGAAAUAAGUAAUGCUACAACAACAACUUCACCAAAUGAAGAAUGGUUUAAACCAUUAGCAUUGGAUGAAUUUUUAAAAAUAAAUGAAUUAUCAAGAGCAAAUGUCCCUGAUAAAAGACCUAUAGAUGAAAGUGAUAAAUUAGGUGAAUAUGAUAUAUCUUGUGGUCCAAUUUUAAGAUUAUCAGGAACUUUAGAAAAUGGUGAAAAAAAUUAUAGUGGUUCCUUAAUGUUGGUUGUUAGAAAUUCUCCUGAUUCAGCACCUAAAAUUACUUUUAAAAUUGGUCCAUCAUCUGUGGAUUUAGGUAAUGAUUCAUCAUUAUUUAAAUCUGGUGAAUUCCCAGUUACAAAAUAUUAUGAAGAAGAUGAAUUUUCAUUUUAUAGAUAUUCAAUUGAAUUAACUCUUGAGGAGUUUCCUCAAAAAGUUCAAUAUUUUAUAAAUGAAUAUUAUAAAACAAAUUUUCAAUUUUUUUUACCAAGUUUUAAUGAAAGUAUGAAUAUUAUAAGUUAUUCAUGUAAUGGAUUUUCAAUGGCUUGUGAUGCUAAUGAAUAUAAAUCAAGUUUAUGGUUAGAUGUUUUAAAUAAACAUGAUAAACAACAUUAUCAUGUUAUGUUAGGUGGAGGAGAUCAAAUUUAUUGUGAUUCUAUAAAAUUACAUUCAAAAAAAUUAAAAGAAUGGACAGAAAUUAAAAAUCCUUUAAAGAAAAAAUCAAUUCCAAUUACUGAUGACAUAUUAAAAGAAUUUAAUAAAUAUUAUUUAAAUCAUUAUAUGGAUUGGUAUGGAAAGGGGUUUUGGAAAGGUAAAAAUUCUUCUGUUUUAGAAAGUCUUUUCCCAUUAGCAAUGUCACAAAUUCCUUCUGUAAAUAUAUAUGAUGAUCAUGAUAUUAUUGAUGGAUUUGGUUCAUAUCAUGAUUCAACUAUGAAUGCUCCAAUUUUUAAAUCUGUUGGAAAUGUUGCUUAUAAAUAUUAUAUGUUAUUUCAACAUCAAAUGAAUCCUGAAGAAAAAUUACAUUUAAAUUCUUCUUCAUGGUUAUUAGGUUCUAAAUCUGGACCUUUCAUAAAACAAAAAAAUCAUUCAGUAUUUAUGAGAUUAGGUAAAGAAAUUAGUCUUUUAGGUUUAGAUUGUAGAACAGAAAGAAAAUUAAAACAAGUUGUUGAUCCAUCAACUUAUAAAAUUGUAUUUGAUAAAUUAAAUUCUGAAUUGAAACCAAAUGGUGAAAUAAAACAUUUAUUAGUUAUGUUAGGUGUACCAAUUUUUUAUCCAAGAUUAGUUUGGUUAGAAUGGGUAUUAACUUCAACUGCUUUAGCUCCUGCAAGAAAAUUAGCUCAAAAGGGGUUAAUAAAUAAAGGAUUAGUUAAUGAAUUUGAUGGAGAUGUUGAAGUAUUAGAUGAUUUAAAUGAUCAUUGGUGUUCAAAAUAUCAUAAAAGAGAAAGAAAUAAAUUAGUUAAAGAUUUAAUUGAAUUUGGUGCAUCAAAGGGUAUAAGAAUAACAAUCUUAUCAGGUGAUGUUCAUUUAUGUUGUAUUGGUAGAAUGAAAAGUAAAUAUCAUAAUCAUCCAAAUACUCAUUUAAUUCGUGGAAGUGAAGCUAUACAACAAGAAAAUCAAGAUUUAAUAAAUCAUCCAGAAAAUGAUCCAAGAUUAAUUUUUAAUAUUAUAUCUUCUGCUAUUGUAAAUGCUCCACCACCAGAUGCAAUGGCAACUUUAUUAAAUAAAAGAAGUAAAGAACAUAAAUUUAAUAGAGAUACAACUGAAGAUGUAAUUCCAAUUUUUAAAAAAGAUGUUGAUGGAUCAACAAGAGAUAAUCAUAGAUUUUUAAAUAAAAGAAAUUGGAAUGAUUUAGUAUUAGCAAAUCAAUCAAUUACAUAUAAACAUUUAUUUAAAAAUGAUAACUCUGAGUCAUCAGAUGAUAAAGUGAUUAGAAAAUUACCACAACCAAUAUUAGAAGAAGAAAAUGAAGAAUCAGUGGUUGAUGAUAAAUUAUCAAAAACUCAAAAAAUAGAUAAUUUACAUAUUCAAUAUCCUCUUUUUGCCAAUUCAAUAGUUAGUAAUUUAAGAGUUGAAAAAGAAAAAUCUAAUAUUGAGAGUGAAACUACAAAAUAUGAAUUAUUUAUUCCUAUUUUGAAGGGGAGUUAUAAAUUGGAUCAUGCUCCUGUUAAACAUGUUGAUGAUUAA